CUUCACGCUAUCCAUUAUUCCCUGCGAAAUCUCAAGGAACGCACUGUGCAAAUCUCCCGCUCCAAAGUUUCGAAAUAAUCCUUUUGUUCUCUUGCGAGUGGGGACAAUAGAUUCUGGUAUAAUAUUCUUGCUAAAAGAAUUUUAAUAGAUUUCGUUAACACAAAAAUUGUGCAAAAAUGCCCGUCGAGUGUCUCAUCCCUGAUGACAGGUUGUCGAAAUAUCCCCCAACAACUCCAUCAUCAAGAAUGAACCGUGUGUGCAAGCAAGUUAGCAUCGAGAGUCCGGCUACGGUUGGCAUGAGCAAGGAGUAUGUCUUCCAGUAUGACGUCAUGGUACCAGACGUACCAGCAUUGGGAGCCCGUGUCAAAGUGAUGUGUGCUGGAGCUUGUUACAGACAAAGAUCUGCCAGUGUUUCCAGUACCUCGAGUACUUGCUCGAUGGGUAGUGACAGUGGUCUCUGUACAACCAGCACCUCUAACCGUGGUCUCCGUGACUCAUCUUUCUAUCCUGGUUAUGAGGUAGCUGGAGUUGUUGAGUCAAUUGGUGAAGAAGUAGAGACUAGCUGUGGAAUUAAAGUUGGUGAUCAUGUCAUUGUCUACCCCUUUGACGAGUGCCCUCCAGGAUACGCAGAAUACAUGAGUGUGCCAGAAAUCAAUUUUUUAGUCAAGAUUCCCGAUGAGAUGUCCUUGUCUGUUGCUGCUAUGCUACCUUCUGGUGCUCUUUGGGCUCUCAACACUGUCCAGAAAGCCGAGGAUGUUGUCCGACGCAUUUCUGAAGAGAAAGGACCCGAAGGAAUGUGCCACAUCCUGGUUGUCGGUACUGGUGGUUUGGCUCUUUGGGCCCUUCGUCUUGCUCGAUAUUUCUUCAGCGAAAAACAACAUCGUGUUCACAUUGCCGUAGCGUGCCUUCGUGAUGAGGGCUUUUGCUUGGCUCAGGAAUCCGGAAAGGUGGAUGUUAUCCAAUGGAAUGAAGAGCUCUACGAGCGCAUCCUAAUUGAGAGGACCAAAGAUGCCUGCCAUGGUCAGGUGGACGUCGUGAUCGAUUUUGGCACUACUUCGCGCAGCCUCAACCGAUCUAUUCAAUGUCUAAGCAAGGGCGGCGUAGUUUUCCUCGGUCAUGAGACAGCCGAUCGCCUGCUACCCAAAUUCUCGCGCAAGGCCGAAGAAUACGGCAUCACCAUAGAACCAGUCGAGACUGGAACUGUGGAACAGCUCAAAGAGUUGGUCGACCUCGUUCACUCUGGCAAGGUUCAACCUCCACCGCACAGCGUUUUCCCAGCUGAAGAAGCUUCCGAAGUGAUCAACAAACUUUGCAAAUCUGAAAUUCCCGGCAGGGCCAUUCUUCAAUUCCAUUCCUCAGCUCAGUAAAAAAAAAAAAAACAAAAAAAACAGAGACAAAACAAAGAUUUAAAUAAGAUAAAUUAACGAAAAAAUAUGGCGUGGUAGGGGUUGUAAAAAUAUCCGCACAGUUAACUGGAGGGUGAACAGCAUCCGUGUUAGGCUUAGGUCGUUUCUGUUUUUCCUUUUUCUUUCCAUUGUCAAUUUGAUUUUAUUUACGUUCCAGUUAUAACAUUUCUGUCCAUUCCUUCUAAACCAACAUUCUCUUGUUUAAUUUUCGGUUACGCACCGAAAAAGAAGGGCUCAGGCUCGAUUCGUCAAAUUGCACUCCUUUUCAAACCUUUUAACUACUCCCAUCAACUCAGUGACAAAUUCUUUUCAUUUCUUAGUAUACAAACAGGAAGACAUUAGAAACAAUCCCUCCCUACUUCCUCCCAUAUAAUAUUUAGAUUAAAACCCGUGUACAUGGCAGGGACUACUAGUAGGGGACAUGAGAUGUAGCUCCCGUCCUGAGGCGGGUGUGUAAUGGCAUUCUCACGAGAAAUCGCAAGCGGGUCAAAGCCAAGGGAAUUAAAGACAAAUAUUAAUGUCUUGGGACAUUUUCAAUAUCUUGAAUUUGUUUUUCGCCCUGUUGCUGUGGCGACGUUUCCGUUAAUUACCAUUGUGUUUUGUUUGAAUGGUUGCAUUUGCUUUUGUAAUUUCAUUCGUCAUUCAAGCAACGAUUCAACUGAGGUUGAGAGAGCUCGGUUGACGCGGGUGACACGUAGUUUCAUUAAGAAAGAUAUGGAACUCUUUUAAUUUUCCAAAAUUGUUUCUGUGUGUUUGGGAUCUCAAAGUAGUGAGACGUUGAUCGAAAGUCGGCUAGAAAGCGUCGAUCAGAGUGCAAAUUUUAAUAACCAUUUUAAAAAAUUCAAGACAGUCUGAGGAGUCCAAUAUGGGUAGAAGAAACCGAUUAGAAAACAAUCAGCACAUGCCGGUGAGUGAUGAACUAGAAACUUUCAUUUGUUUUUUAAGUUUUUUUUCCUCAUGAUGUUGCCCUCCUUUUCCUAGACAGUCGGUUGUUGUGUCGACCACCGACGCUCCCUUGUUCUUAUCAUAUUCUUUCCGUUUGUUGCGAACUUUCUAAAAUUAUGUCAUUUACCACCAUUGUCAAUCCAGCAUCAAAUGUGAAGAAUCUAGAGCAUUCGGUUGGUCACCAAAAAGAAAAAUGGGGAAAUGAGAUAUAUCUCGUUUUGUCCUGUGGUGUGAACCUUGAAAAGAAAAGAAAGGAGCAUUUACUAGUUCUUGAAAAACUACGCAGUCUGAAACCUAUUUGAAUCGCCCCAUGUUUCUUUUGAUGAUGAUAAUGAAAAUCGUUUCGAUCUGCGGAUAUAAACAUUAAUUGUGAUGGAUCGUAGAUAUAUAUUCAACACCUCUCCCCAAUAUCUGCUUUCACUCGUUGAUGGAAACCUCUGUUUCUGCCCUCCCCCUGUUCACGUCGAUGUAUAUCAUAAUAAUAUGGAAUAAAAUGACAUGUUUCUUGCACACAA